AUGGAACGCACCAGCCGUUGGCACCUCACGGACGGGAAAUGGGUCAAUAGCAAUCCUGAGGGCCAAUGGCUCGACGUGCCCAACGCGCUGUACAUGGCGCGGCUCUUGGCCACGCCUGGGUCGGUGCCGCCCCUGCCAGGACCCAACAGCUCUAUGGAUGGCAUGCCUUUGAACCCACUUUGGCGCCCGCCCCUGGAGUUGCUCUUCGUGGAGCUCCACGAGGAGGCACCCGUGGCACGCUCCGUGAGCGACCUGGGGGCAACCAUCAGGAUGGAACGCUUUGUGCCUUACUUCCUAGAGAAGUUCAAAGGAAAGCCGACCUAUCCAGGAAAGAACAAUAUGUACAUCCUCUUCCCUGACUAUGGAGCAUAUUCUCGCUAUGCCACCUCUGUGCGAGAGCGGCUGAAGUUGGAUUGGGAUCACAUUUUGUACAUCAAGAAGACUCGAGUUGGAGAAUCCAUCGGACAAGAGCAACAACUCUUCUAUGAAGACGAUCGGACGGAGAAUGAGAAGUCCACUCACUUCAAUGGAAGCAAGGAUCACAUCUUGAUCAUUGACGACUUCACCAACUCCGGCGGCACCCUUUUCGGGGCUGUGAAGUUGGUGAAGAUGUACGCUGGUGGCAGUGAGCAGAUCAAUGUCUCCAUCUUUGUCUCUCAUUUGGUGGCCACUUAUGACCCCAAGACCGUGGAGGGGUUGAAGGAAAAGCUGCAUGAGCUGGGGAAGCAGUGUCGAUUCUUCACGACCAACUCGAUCCCCCUCACCACAGACAUGCUGAAGGGCGAUGAGCAGGCGACCGUCAUCGACAUCUCUGAUUUCAUUGCAGACAUGUGCAGUUGA